AUGAUAUUCAGGAUUCAGUACAAAGUUGGACCGGAUUUUGAAAAGAAGUGUAAAAUAACACGAUGCAAACAUAACUAUCCGGAAUGUUUAGCUGAUACAUUACGAGCAAAAACAGUGCUAAUCAAAUCAUCGUGUUGCUGUGCUAGCAAUUUAUGUAGCACUUGGCUGGAAUAUCGUGAUUAUGAAGCAUUAACCAUAAAAUCAAAAUAUUUUACCACGUAUCAAUAUUUUUAA